GAACUUGAGCGCCUCCUGGUGGAUGGAGACCAAGUUUAACAACAGAGCAGAAUAAAACGACAGGGGGGGAAAAAUGGCGGACUUCAGGAAAACCAGUCCAGUGUUUUUGCCCUGUCGUGUUAGCAACGCGCGAAAAGCGUCACUUCAAGGGAAGCUUUUCCUAUUCUUUUGUAUCCUGAUAGUGGACUCCGGAGGAGCUACGACCCACUGGGUGGUCACGGAGGAUGGGAAAAUUCAACAGCAAGUUGACUCUCCUUUGAAUCUAAAGCAUCCUCAUGAUGUUGUCAUCUUCAUGAGGCAAGAAACUCGCGUAAACUACCUCAAGAAGCUGGAGAAGCAGCUCGUAGCUCAGAAGAUUCACAUUGAGGAGAAUGAGGACAGAGACACGGGUCUGGAACAGCGGCACUAUAAAGAAGAUCCAGACUGUGUCAUGGCUAAGGUGCCCCUGGGUGACCUGGAUCUGUACGAUGGCACAUUUAUUCCAUUGGAAACCAAAGACAUCAAUCCAGAGGAUUAUCUGGAUUCUCAGUCGGCGCUGCCUCCAGAUCUGGAAAAGCCAGACUGUGCAAAACUGUUUGAACUACCGUAUAGCAUCCAUGCAUUCCAGCAUCUCAGGGGGGUCCAGGAAAGGUCAAACCUGACCUCUCCCAUCCUCUCUAAAGAAGAUCCCAUUUUUAGCUCAUUGCCUCAGAAUCUGGGCCAAAGUGUUGAUGAGGUGGCCCAUCGCAUCCAUCAAGCUCUACUUAAGAAUUCUUCAUCCUGGGUGCUGUACAACAUGGCGUCGUUUUACUGGCGAAUGAAGAACGAGCCUCAGCGGGCAGCGGACUGUGUCGUCCGUGCUCUGCAUUUCUCCCCGAGGCAGCACAAGGAUAUCGCUCUGAUCAACAUGGCCAACAUCCUGCACCGGGCUCAUUUCUCAGCAGAUGCUGCUAUUCUCGCCCACGCCGCCCUUGACCUCACCUCAGAUCUCUUCACCAGCCACUACACCCUGGGCAACAUUUACGCUAUGCUCGGGGAAUACAACCACUCCGUUCUGUGUUACGAGCAGGCGCUGCAGGCCCAGCCGGGCUUUGAGCAGGCCUUGAGGAGGAAACACGCCGUGCUGUGUCAGCAAAAACUGGAGCAGCGCUUGGAAGCCCAGCAUAGGUCCCUGCAGAGGACUCUGAAUGAGCUGAAGGAGUACCAAAAACAACACGACCACUACCUCCGCCAGCAGGAGUCUCUGGACAAACACAAGUUGCUGCAGGAGGAGCAGAUCCUACGCAACAUUAUCCAUGAGACGCAAAUGGCCAAAGAAGCCCAGCUUGGAAACCACCAGAUGUGUGAAAUGGGUCAGCAGCAGCGCAGCCUGUUCUGCCCCCACGACCUACCUGUGCGCUAUCACCGAGGCGACCGCUUCGAACACGUCCACUUUGUUCAGUUUGGAGAAGAAGUGUCUGUGGCGCCAAGUGUGGCGCUCGUGUCAGAGCGCACUUCAAACCAGACGGCCAACAGCCCCCCACUCCAUCCCUCCGUGUCGGGGAACCAGGACCCUGCUGCUGCGCUGUGGGGCAACAGUCGGGAUUACUCGCAGGACAUUCAAAGGGUUUUGUGGCCGGAGAGGGCUCACUGCUCACACGAAUGCCCACAUGUGCCCCCCGCCCACCUGCUGCCCACGUUUUACCUUCCUCCUGAAACACAGGGCCUCAGCUCCCUGGAAACUCUCCUUCAUGGGAGCAGCGAUCCACCGGAGACGGUGGCUCUGCCGGAUUGCGGCCCGUUCCCUCAACCGUAUCCAGCCCUGCUGCCCGCAUCUUUAGACUGGUCCUUGGAGGAGAAGGAGCUGCCAGAUUCCUUCGCUACUGAGAUACUUCGGUCACGAGGCGGCGGGCAGACUCUGGACAAGAUUGGUACCAUCAUAGCAGAAGCAAUGAAACACGCCACUGUUCCCCUCUGGCAGAUCCGCAACGAGGCAGCUUUAUUUUGGCGGGCCAAAGGCAACAGCAGCCGUGCGCUGCAGUGCCUGCGCCAAGUCUUGAGCUCAGCUCCGCCUUCACAUCACCACCUGCCCCUCUCCAACGCCGCCAACCUGCUGCUGCACUACGGCCUUACCAACCACGCACAAACACUCCUGGAGCGCGCUUCGGUUCUCAAUGCCUCUGAGCCCCACACCUUGCUGGGCCUGGUGAGCGUGCACUUGGCUCAGAACAACGCCACAGGUGCUCUGGCUCUGUUCCGACGCGUCCUGGAGACGACCCUCACCUCUUCCUCGGCCUUCUCUUCCUUCGCCGGCUGCCAGCAGUGUCGCACCGCCUUGCCUUUGCUGCGAUGUCUGCAGUUCUAUCCGUCCCUCUACAACCUUUCACACAGAGAGCCCUGUUCUCAGGAUGGCGCCUGCCUGGCUCAGGAGGACCUCGGCAUUCAGCUGGAGGAAUGGGAGAGCAGCGAGGAGAAGAGGGGAGCUCCUGCCAUCACUGCCAUUGAGGACACACUGCUCUUUAAGAAGGUCAUCGUGGACAGUAACGGCUCUGGCGAAGCAGCCGGGCAGUACCAGCAGCAGCAGGGAACUCCAUCCACUUCAGGAGCCGCUUCUUCCUUUGGAGAUGAAGGAGCGGAGAAAGAGGAGGAGUGGCAGCUGAAUGAAGACCUGAUGGGAGCAUUCGAGGGAGCGCUGGACGUUGGGGGCAAACGAGGGGACCUGCGAGGCAUCCGGGUACUGAAGAACGACCGCGUGAUGGGUGCCCGCGUCGGAAACGGGCCCUGUUUUGGAAACUGUGAGGAUGAUGACGGAGCAGAAUGGAUCACCUUCCAGGUGAAAAGGGUUAAAAAAGCAAAGAUGGAGGAGGCGGACAGUGCUGCAAUCUCGGAUGAAAUCUCCUUCAGGGAGUCUCUGCCGGGAGGGCAUUCUGUUUUAGAAAUCAGCGGUCCAACUAUCCCAUCUCCUGGACCCUCAGGUCGCUGGAAGGACUACACCAGCCUUGGCUGGCCAGGACCAGAGGAGUGUCAGCGGACAAGGAGGGUGGACCUCACCACUGUUGCCAGCACUUGGUUGGCUGUUUCUGCUAAGAAUAUUGACAUCACAGAGCACAUCGACUUUGCCACACCGCUCCAGGAGCCAGCAGUAGAACCUUUAUGCAAUGCCAACCUAGCAGCCAGCAUGCACACCCUCGACCACCUGGCAGGAGUCGCCAACCGCGCCGCCAUCCACUACACUGGGGAGAGCCAGCUGCGUGAGGUGCUGCAGAAUCUUGGCAAAGAUAAAUUCUCCCCCCAAUCCUUUGAGCAAGUGGGAACCCGCAUUGCCAAAGUACUGGAAAAGAACCAGACAUCUUGGGUGUUAUCCAGCAUGGCUGCACUGUACUGGAGGGUGAAAGGUCAAGGCAAGAAAGCCAUCGACUGUCUGCGCCAGGCCCUCAACCAUGCCCCCCAUCACAUGAAGGAUGUUCCACUGAUCAGUCUGGCCAACGUCUUUCAAAAUGCUCGCCUAUGGGAGGACGCACUAACCGUCGCUCGAAUGGCAGUGGAGAUCGCCCCGCAUUUUGUUGUGAACCACUUCACUCUUGCUAAUGUCUACAUUGCAAUGGAGGAGUUUGAGAAAGCCAUGCACUGGUACGAGUCGACUUUGAAGCUGCAGCCCGAGUUUGCUCCUGCCAAGGAUCGACUGAGGACCAUUCAGUGUUACCUGCUCACCAAGAGGGAGCGGCGUCAGCCCUGAGGCCUGCAGAGCAUCACAGCCGUGCUCAGAACCACCACACUGUCUGAUGAUCCGCAGCAAAAAUACACAUGAAUGCAAAAACCUUUCAAUUUCCUGAGCUGGCAAUUUAAACCAAAACUUUGUUUUUCUUUUCAUGUUGAGCGCCAUCUCCAAAAAUGAGGUUUUAAGUUUCCUAAAGUGAAACUGAAGAUAAUUUUUCCCCACAAGUGCAAGACCUGCUUUUGCCGUCCAUCAAUUGAUCAAGUUCUUCUGCUUUUGCUAGAAUUAUUUGAAAUUAUGGAAAAUCGGGUUUAAAAAGUGAAGGUUCAGCUAACGGCUAUCGUUUGAACAUGUUAAUUGGAAUUAAUGCUUUGUUUUACUUUUAAAAACAUAAGGAGAUGGUAUGAAAAGAAAAGAAAAACAUGGCCAUUACUUUAAAAGCAAUUUACCUUAAAAAGGAAAAUAAUUUAUUUUAUUUGAAACAAAAUGGAGGAUUUUUUUUUAAUCUGAACUGGUAUGGAACGAGUUUGAAAUGAAACGAUGUCGCUGUUUGUGCUUCCGAAAGUGGAUGGAAAUCCUCCGUUUUUGCACUUUUAUUUUUCCUAUCAUUCCUAUUUAUGUCAGACUUAACAUCUGAUCGUUGCUAAAAAUCUCAUUUAAAAACACAAAUGGUUAUAAAAAACGAUGCUAUUGCAUUUGCUUCUUGGUUGAUGAAAAUCAUCGGGCAGAAAAGGGAUCAUAAAUCUUGACUUAUAACAAAGAACAAUCUGUAAUAAAUGUGCAGUAUUAAGGA